AUGCCAGGCAAUAAGGGACUCUGGACGAUGAUCCUGGCGCUGGUCUGGGCGAUGGCCCUUUCCAGUGACCUCUCGCUGGUGAGCGGCCAAACGGUGGCGCCGCUGACCAGCUCCACGGUGCGGCCCACAAGUGCGCCCAAGCUGGAGGCGCGACCCACCAAGCCCAUGAUGAUUGUGAAUGCACCGCCCAGCAAGCAGAAGCAUCUCGUGCCGGUGCCGGUGCCGAUGCCAGAGGCUGUGCCCGUUCAGGUGGAGAAGUCGAGCGUGCAGGUGAAGGAUGCCAAGCCGCUGCAGGUGACGGGUUUCAUUACCAAGGCGGGGAACAUCUACGAGAUCGAGGACAAGCGCGGCAUGGGCUCGAUUGAGGGGCGGCAGGCGACGGACGACGGCGAGGGACAGAUUGUGUGCAACUACGGCAACGUCGUCAUCUACAGCGAUGUGCCCUGCGAUCAGGUGACCAACGUGCGCGUGGGCGAGAUCAAGCCCAUCAAGUCGGGAAACAGUGCGGCCGAGCAGCCCGCUGAGGUCAGCAGCACCGAGAAGCCGCAGUCGCAGUCGCAGGAGGAGGAGCUGGAGCAGCAGGCGCCCGAGAAGCAGCAGCCGCAGCAGCAGGAGCUCCAGAAUGGUGAGCAGGAGCUGGAGGAAGAGCAGCAGCAGGACAGCAAUCACCCGCGUGGACAGCAGAAUCAGGGCGCAAAUCGUCGUCGCCGCCGUCGUCCCCAGCAGAAGCAGAAGCAGCAGCAGAAGCGUCGCCGCGGCCAAAAUGGCAAUGUGGUGCGACGCCGACGCAUACGCAACGGCAACGGAAAUGGCAGCCAGAACACGCGUCGCGGCGUGCAGCCGCAGCGCCGUCGUCGGCCCAACCAGCGUCGUGGCAACGGCAACGGCAACGGCAACAAGCAGAGACAGCAGCAGCAGCAGAAGCGCCGUCGUCAGCAGCAGCGUCGUCGCCAGCAGCAGCAGAAGCAGAAGCAGCAGCAGCAGCGUCGACGUCGCCAGCAGCCCCAAAGGCAGCGCCAGCAGCAGCAGCGUUUACGCAUACGCGAGGACAACAACGAGGUGUAA